AUGCAGAGAUCAGUUGAAGCAUUUCUGCGAAGAAAAGAUGCGCAUUGUUAUUCUCUUCAAAGGAAAGCCUUGAAUAAGCUGUCACUGUUCCUCCUGGUCCCCUUUUGGUGGCUGGUUUUCGCUUCAGGCACUGACAUCAAUCUUGGCAAUGCUCUCGGAGGAUUAGACACAUCAGAGAUUCCGGAUGGUAAAGUUUGCUUGCCUGAAUUUGGGCCAGGAUUGCUGAUGACAUUUUCUUUGGUACCUGAAAGUCAUUGUGCUGUUAUUUGUCAUGAUUUCCGUGGUAAGAGUGCUCAUUGUGAAGGUGUUGGGUCAAAUGUACUUGACAGUCAAAUAGAGUCUAAACAAGAGCAUAGAAAUUUUGCUGCAACUUCUGAAGAGCAGAUUGAAGUUAAGAAUUCGGGUGUCCAAGAUGGUUUGGGCAAAGAUGCACGAAAGGGUGAUAGGGUGGCACGUGAUGAACCACCAAAAUUCGAUGAAUUUAAACAUAAGGCUAUUGCUCCUAGAGAAAAGACUAUGGGUGGCCAAACUGGAAGCAUUAUGCAUAGGGUUGAGCCGGGUGGGGCUGAGUAUGAUUAUGCGUCUGCCUCCAAGGGAGCUAAGGUCUUGGCCUUCAACAAGGAGGCAAAGGGAGCAUCGAACAUUUUGGGCAAGGAUAUGGACAAGUAUCUGCUCAAUCCAUGUUCAGCUGAAGAGAAAUUUGUGAUAAUAGAACUUUCUGAAGAGACUUUAGUUUAUACUGUUGAAAUAGCCAACUUCGAGCACCAUUCAUCCAAUGUGAAGGACUUCCUGGUACUGGGUAGUCUGGUUUAUCCAGCAAAGACAUGGGUCAAUCUUGGCCAGUUCACUGCUAAAAAUGUUAAACAAUCUCAGAGAUUUAGAUUAUCGGAGCCAAAGUGGGUGCGAUAUCUCAAGUUAGAUUUACUUAGCCACUAUGGUUCAGAGUUUUACUGUACUCUAAGCACCGUGAGAGUUUAUGGUGUUGAUGCUGUUGAGCGCAUGCUAGAGGAUUUGAUCUCUGUCCAAGAUGAUAUAUUUACUUCAGACGAGUCAGGAGAUGAAAAGUCGAUCUUCUCCCAACCAGUGCCCUCUCAAACCGAUGGGGAUCAUCAGAAUCAAUUUACAGAAUCUGCCUCAGGAGCUGCACACAAAGAUUCUAAGCAGAAGCUUGAUGUUUCGAAGAGUAAUUCAGACGAUCAAAUAAGUGAUAUUCAACCACAGCCAGUAGGAAGAUUGCCUGGGGACAGUGUUCUUAAGAUAUUGAUGCAGAAGGUGCGGUCACUGGACAUAAACUUAUCCAUUCUGGAGCGGUACUUGGAAGAGUUAAAUUUUAAGUAUGGGGAUCUAUUCAAAGAAGUGGAUGAAGAAAUUGCAGAGAACACCUUGCUGUUGGAGAAGAUAAGAUUGGACAUAACGGAUCUUCUUGACAACAAGGGUGCUAUUGUUAAAGAUUUAUCUGAUUUGGUUCUUUGGAAGUCACUUGUUUCCACACAAAUUGAUAUUCUGAACAGCGAAAAUGCAAUUCUCAGGAUUGUAAUUUCACUAGCCAUGCUGGUUAAGAUGAAUUGAGAAGAUACUGUCUAGGAAAGACAAAGGUGGAAGAUUGAUUGGAAGAUGGAUACUGAUGCAAGCUAUGGUUGGAUGGGCAAGGCAAUGUUGGCAUUCUCGGUCCAUGUGCUGAAAAUCCCAACCAACCAAAACUGUUCGCUCAUUAAAAUACCGUGUUCAGUACCAAGCUCUUAGUUUUUACAAAAAUAAUGGUUUUGUUUCGAAUAUCAGCAUCCUUCACCCUGUACAUAGUUUAUGAAAUAUUCAAUUGCAGUGAGCCAACCAUUGAAAAAUAGAUUCUCUAUCUGAUAUACUUAUUGAAUUGGCAUAUAGCAAACACUAGUGUAUUGUAUACUGCACAACUUGUGAAACAAACAUGAAGUUGAUGAAGAUGAUGUGGCAUAUUAAAACUUUUGC